AUGGCGUCCGGAAUGGGUGUUGACGAGAACUGCGUCGCGCGUUUCAACGAAUUGAAGAUCCGCAAGACGGUGAAGUGGAUCGUCUUCAAAAUCGAGAACACCAAGAUCGUUGUCGAGAAGGACGGAAAGGGUAAUGCGGACGAAUUCCGGGGUGCUCUCCCCGCCAACGACUGCCGAUUCGGCGUGUACGACUGCGGCAACAAGAUCCAGUUCGUUCUUUGGUGCCCGGACAACGCGCCCGUCAAGCCGAGAAUGACCUACGCCUCCUCGAAGGACGCUCUCCUGAAGAAACUGGACGGCGCCACCGCUGUUGCAUUGGAAGCUCACGAAAUGGGCGACCUCGCAGCCCUCGCGUAA